AAAGAAAGAGAGUGACUUCUUUGAUCACUUUCCAUAGGGAAGUAAAAGACGCAAUUGACACACAGAAGAAAACACUGCCACCACUCUCUCUCUCUCUUGGGGUCUUCUUCCUCUUCACUGCUCGGGUCUCUGAAACCAAAAUUGAGGGAAAAUGAUGGGGUUUGGGCCUUAUGGUGGUAAUGGAGGUUCAUAUUUGUCACCAUCAUCCUCGAGUUUAUCAGCUUCUGCACCACCUUUCACAAUUGAUCGCUCUGGUCCUAAACCUGCUUCAUGCCCUCUUGUGGAUUUGGCCGAACCAUCUUAUGCUGGUACCGUGAAUUCUUCUAUGUACAAUUGGCUCCCUUCUCUCACACCCACCUCGGAGCCCAAAUUCUUUUCCAGUCCUCAAAUGGAGCACAAUUCUGGGCCAUCUUCAAAUGCGUAUGGAUAUGGAGGCUCACCGGCCGUUGAAUCUUCGAAUUUGAAUACCCAUUUGCCUCAUUUGAGCACAACUGUCUCUGCUUCAGUGGAUGGAUUUUCAUAUGGACUAUCUUCAGACAGUGGGGCGACUGGUUUUGUUGAAGCCAAGCCAUAUUAUCCCUCAUUUUUUUCAUCUGCAGGUCACAAAGAUGGUCCUUUGAGGAGCCCUGAUCAAACUAGUUAUGACUGGUUAUCUACUUCUUCUCGCGUUGCCAGUACCUUGGUCGGGUCUUCUAACAAUGAUCAGCCUAUGAAGCUUUUGGAUUCGACGUAUGCAGGCCAAUGGGGUGACAUGUGGAAUGGAUUUGCAGAAUGGAAGCAGGGUAAACAGGGACAACUUCAUGGAAGUUUCUGCUCCAAGGAAAAUGGUGUGCCUGUUUCACCCAUGUGCGAGAAUUACAUGAACCAAGGUGAAGAAUCUCAUAAUCCCAAGGGCUUGAACAGAGGGGAAGAAGCAUCCUGUGGCCCCAACUUUCGGGCUUUAGAGACGCAUAGUGGAUAUAUGAAUUUGGAUAUGUUGUUAAAUCAAUCAUUCACUGGAAAAACUACCGAUUUCAUGCCUGUGGACCAUUCAAAACCUAUCUUGGGAUCCUUUUCAGGACUUCAAGAAACCCAUCUAAAGUCGCCAUCCUUUAUAUUUGGCACAAAUUCAGGGAACCAUCAAAUUCCUUAUGGAAGUUCAAAUGAGAAGCGCUUGAAACAGAAAGUUAAUAAUAGUGCAUCCACUGUGAAGUCAUCCUCUGCCCUUGUCAUUGGGCCUCCAGCUGUUGGUUCUGGUCUGCCUACAGCAAAUAAUGUUCCUUUUAAAACGUUGAGUUUAGGAAGCAAUACUCAUGCAGAUAUAUCCAGCAAAAUGGCAUGUGGCAUAAAAGAUUCUCAUUCACAACCAAGUUUUGGAGACAAUCUUUGUUUUGAUUCAAGCCGAUUUGGCGAUCCUGUCUCUUCAAGAUCAAUUUUUAGUAAAAAGGAUGAGACACUAAACAAAGAGUGUAUCACUAAUGAUCCCUCGUGUCAAAUGCUGAAAGUGAAAUCUGGACUUCAAACUUCGAAUGUAAGUCAUGAUGGCUUCAAUUUAGACCUUAAUGCUAAUGAAAGCAUCAAUAGUGUUGCAGAUUCAUCUGAGAGUGUUGAGCAUUUUUACCCUUUUGUGGACUCACCUUGCUGGAAAGGAGUUACGCGUUCUUCUCCAUUUGUUGCAUCCGAGGAUGUUACAGAAAUGAGAAAACGGGGAAAGCAAACCUUCCCUUUCAAUACUGGUGAUAAAGUUUCCUCCGAGAAAGCAACUAAAAACAUAAAGUAUCAACAAUUUGGGUGUUUGGAAAAUUCUUCAGAGAUUCCUUUGAAUAUAUCUUCAACUAUAAAUUCAGAAUCUAGAGAAAGAAAAUCAGAUGAUGUUGCAAACCCUGGCUAUUAUUCAGAAACCAAAGGGAUUAAGCACUCUGAUGAGAACCAUGAACAUGGAAGCAGGUCCAUAGGUAGCCCUGACUUGAAAUCUUUUCAGGCCACAAAACAAGAUUUUCGGGGAGAUGGAUUGGCAUCCGAAAAUAUCAAUGACACAGUGCAAUACAGUUCCUUGUGUUUACAUUUCCCUGUUGAACAUGUUAGAUCUCCUUCUGUCAAAGAUGCUUCUUCUAAGCUUACCGAAUCAAAUGAAGGACAGUCAACUCCAACUGUAGAUGUGCUGAUGCUGGUUAAUACAAUAAGUAACUUAUCAGAAUUGUUGCUGUCCCAUUGUACAAGUGGCCUUUACAAAUUGCAACAAAAAGAUCUCGAGUCUGUCCAAAGCACGAUAAAUAAUCUAAGUGUGUGCAUGUCAAAGAAUGCUGAGAAGACGGUUUCAGCACAAGCGCCAACUUCUUCCGAAAAGGACACUUCUGACUGUGCCAGGGAACAAAACAAUAUUCACAAGGGUGUCACUGAGGACAGCCCCAAAUUGACAAAAACCAUAAACCUCAAAGCUCUGUUUGAUGGUCAGAAUCUCGACAAGGGAAAAAGUAAUUUCUUUUCUGGUCAGAAAGAUGAUGAAAUUUUAGAUUCUGCUUCUGUGAAGAGUGAUCUAGACAUGGAGGAUGAAGAUAAAGCUACCCAGGCUUUAAAGAAAGUUCUUGCUGAGAAUUUUCACGAUAAAGAGGAAACAGAGCCUCAAACACUCUUGUAUAAGAAUCUUUGGCUUGAGGCUGAGGCUGCUCUAUGUUCCCUUAAUUACAAAGCUCGAUAUAAUAGGAUGAAGAUGGAAAUGGAGAAAUUUAAGUUGCCUAAUUCUUUUGAUGCACGUGAAAAUAUCAUCACAAUAGAUAUGAAGAAACCAUCAAGUUCUGAGGCAUGUCCUGAUCAAAAUACUGCUGAAUCACCUAAGACUGAGGGUAGUCUAGCCACAAAAAGCCACGAGUCCCCUGUCUUAAGCACCAAUGGUCAAGCUGAUGAUGUGAUAGCUAGAUUUCAUGUACUGAAGUGCCGUCUUGAGAACUCGAAUUCUGAUACCGUUGCUAAUGUGGAUAAACCAUCAAGUUCCCAGUUUUCUUCCGAGUCCACCAAUGCUGUCAAAAUACUUACUGACACACAUGAAGAAAAAGUUGGAAGCCCAAACCCUGAUGUCUCCUUACUGGCUUCUAGCAUGUCUGACACAAAUUCAACAAACAAAUUUGAGGCUUCUGUUCUGGCCAGGUUUCAUAUCCUCAAAUCCCGGGUUGACAAUCAUAUAGUUUCUACAGAAGUGCCACAGUCACCAAAUAUUGUCAAUCUCGGAUAUUCUAGUGAGAAUCGAGAUUGGCCUUAUAUUGGCCAAGAGGCUAGAAGUUCAGAUGUACAGCCCGAACCUACUUUGGAGCAUCGUGAUGCUGACAGCACUGAAGGCCAGUUAAUUGGGAGCGAUUUCGACAUGCUUGUGAAUGAUGAUCCUUCCACGCAAUCUGACAACACCAACAGCAACAGGCUUCAGAAUGAGAAUUUGCUUUACGCAGGUUGGCUCGAUAGGGUGUCAUCAGAUUGGGAACAUGUAAGGAAGGAGGAGUAUGGAUUGCAAGUGCCCACCGCAGCUGGUGAUUAUUACGAAUGACGGUGUUGCCAUUAUGAUGGGAUAAUCUUUGAAAAUCUGUGUUGCUAUAUUUUUGUGCAUAAAAUUUGGCUCCAUUUAGAUUUCCACAACUUGGGUGUUUUAUCAUAAAAUAUUGUUGUUAUAAAUUUUGCACUGUCAAUCACUAUCUUUGUUGAGACCUGGAACCAUAUGAAUGUUAUUAACCAUGUUUAUAUUGUCACAA